UUGGCCAGCGUAUGAUAUAUAAUUCUUCUCCUCUUCUCUUCUUCAAGUCAAGACCCUUAUGGCGUCAAAUCAUAAGCCAAAUUGAUCACUUCAACUGCUCAUCUUCCUUGCAUUUUACUGCAAUUACACUUUUCCUUCUUAUCAGGUCCUUGUUGUUAUUAGCCUCAUGAGAGGAUGAGGCCAUGAGGGUAUUAACCUGAAGAAUAUAUAAUGAUUCCAAUAAUACCAAAUUUGUAGCAUUUAGUUGCAAUAAUCAUAUUGCAAUGGAAGCAAUUACGAGCGCUUCUUCAAUGGCAGCUGCAGAGUUGAUCUCUCAAACCAUAGAGUUAUUUACUGAAGCAGCCACUGAAGCCAAGAAUGCCAUUGUAGAGAAGGAGAGUUUUUCAGAGUUUUCAUUAUACUUAGACAGAAUCGUUCCGCUUUUAAAAGAAUUAAGCAAAAAAGAAACUAUUAAUGCGGAUACGACUUUUGUUGAGAUCUUGAAUCAACAAGUCAGACUUGGUAAACAACUGGUUACGGAAUGCAAUCAAAAGAACAGAAUUUACAGGUUGAUGAAUAGCCGGUCGAUCACCAGACGAAUAGGGGAGAUCACACGAGAAAUUAGCCGCGCGUUAAGUUUAAUUCCUUUUUCGCAAUUGGGAGUUUCGGCAAGCAUGAAGCAGGAUCUUGGUCAACUAUGUGAUGUUAUGCAGUCUGUAGAGUUCAAAACAGCUGUAGCAGAUGAAGCGAUUUUGAAGAAAAUAGAAUCGGGAGUUAACGAACGGAAUGCAGAUAGCUCAUAUGCCAACAAUUUACUGGUUUCGAUUGCGCAAGCUCUUGGAAUAUCGACUGAACGAUCUUCAUUAAGGAAAGAAUUGGAAGAUUUUAAGAAUGAGAUAGAAGAUGCAAAGUUGAGGAAAGAUCAAGCCGAAGCAAUUCAAAUGGAUCAAAUAAUUGCGUUACUAGAACGAGCCGAUGCUACGUCUUCUCCUGAAGAAAAAGAAAAAAAGUAUUUGACGAAACGGACUUCGUUAGGAAGUCAACCGUUAGAACCACUUCAAUCGUUCUACUGCCCGAUUACCCGCGAAGUUAUGGUGGACCCCGUUGAAACGGCGUCUGGUCACACGUUUGAAAGAGCUGCCAUUGAGAAAUGGUUGGCUGACGGGAGUAACUUCUGUCCGUUAACCAUGACUCCUUUGGAUAAAUCAUCGUUACGGCCUAACAAGACGUUAAAGCAAUCAAUUGAGGAAUGGAAGGAUCGAAACACCAUGAUCACAAUUGCUUCGAUUAAACCGAAACUCUCAAAGCCAUUAGCGGAAAAUGAGGAAGACGUGAUUUGUUGUCUCGACGAGUUGCAAAGUUUAUGUGAAGAAAGAGGUGUUCACCGGGAAUGGAUAGUUUUGGAGAAUUACAUUCCUACCCUUGUGGGAUUACUCGAUGGUAAAAGCCGAGAGAUAAGGACUCGUACACUUGUCUUACUUUGCAUUUUGGCAAAGGAUAGUGAUGAUGCGAAGGAUAGGAUUGCAAAAGUCAAUGGUUCGGUUGAAUAUAUAGUGCGGUCUCUUGGGCGUAAAAUUUAUGAAGGAAAACUGGCGGUUGAAUUAUUAUUUGAAUUAUCACAAAAUGAGACGUUAAAAAAUCACAUCGGGAUGGUUCAGGGAUGCAUACUACUUUUAGUGACGAUGUCCAACAACGACGAUACUCAAGCCGCCACACGGGCACAUGAACUUUUGGCCCAACUUUCCUUCUCUGAUCAAAAUGUCAUCCAGAUGGCAAAAGCUAAUUAUUUCACACAUCUGCUGCGUCGACUAUCUUCAGGAUCAGAAGAAGUGAAGAUGUGCAUGGUGACAACAUUGGCAGAAAUGGAAUUAACCGAUCACUACAAAUCUUCUUUAUUUGAAAACGGUGCACUCGAUUCACUUCUUCACUUAAUCUCACACGGAAACACUAGAAUGAAAGAAACAGCAGCUAAAGCAAUUAGGAGCCUCUCAACCUUGCCUAAAAACAGCAUACAGAUGAUAAAAAACGGCUCAGUUAACUCGUUGGUCAAUCUUCUCUACAGUCACACGUCAUCACACUAUUUACAGGAUGAGCUGGCAGCCAUAAUCAUGCAUCUUGCCACAUCAACCAUGUCACAGAAUUAUAAUAGACCACCCGUUUCAUUAUUUGAAUCCGAUGGAGAUAUCGAUAGCCUUUUUUCUUUUACCGGUUGUUCAAGACCUUUGGUCCAAGAAAGUUUACUUCAUUCGUUUUAUGCCAUGUGUCAUUCGCCUUUAGCCACUACUGUCAAAACAACGUUGAGACAGAAACCGGAAAACAUACAGUUGUUGGUGGAUUUGUGUAAAAACGAAAACCGGAAAGUGAGAGCAAAUGCCGUUAGGUUAUUCUGUUGUUUAACGGAAGAUGGUGACGACAAAGAGAUUAUAGACCGCAUGGGUCUGCAAUCAAUCGAGACAUUAAUAAAAGUAAUACAAUCUCCCGUUGAUGAAGAAGAGAUUACUUCCGCAAUGGGCGUGCUUUCAAACCUGACUCAGUCAUCUCAACUCACCGAGUCACUAUUAAAAGCAGAAGGACUUCACGUUAUUUCCUCGUGUCUUCGUGACGUAAUGCAAAACCGGCCCCACAAGAAACAGUUAAUAGAGAACACAGUUGGUUCGCUUUGUCAUUUUACCGUCCCUACAAACCAGAGUUCGCAGAAGAAAGUAGCCGAGACAGGUGUCAUUCCAUUAUUGGUCCAGUUGUUAGAGGUAGGAACAAGUUUGACCAAAAGAAAAGCAUCCAUCUCUCUCGGUCAACUUUCUAAAAGUUCAUUUGAGUUAAGUCACGCAAUCCCGAGAAGGGGAUUAUUCAAAUGCUUCUCGCCUCAAUCCGUAUCAGCGUGCCCUGUUCAUCAAGGAAUCUGUACGGUUGAAACGUCGUUUUGUUUAGUGGAAGCCGAUGCAGUUUCACCGUUAGUGAGACUUUUAAGAGAUUCUGAUUUGAAUGUUUCUGAAGCUUCUUUAGAUGCAUUGUUGACUUUAAUUGAAGCUGAAAGACUGCCAUACGGGUCUAAAGUUCUUGCUGAAGCUGACGCCUUACAUCCGAUUAUAAAAUUACUAAACUGCCCUUCUUCGAGUUUGCAGGAAAAAGUAUUGAAUGCAUUGGAGAGAAUAUUCCGUUUGUUGGAUAUGAAGCAAAAAUAUGGGCAUCUGGCUCAGACGGCUUUAGUUGACUUGACCCAACGGGGAAACAACGUAACAAAAUCUUUAGCAGCGCGGAUUCUUGGUCAGUUAAAUGUGCUUCAUGAUCAAUCGUCUUAUUUUUAGGAGCUUUUAAAGUUGAAUUCGAUGAUUGAUAGAAUGAUAGGUAAAAUUUUUGUUAUGGUUUGUAAUUUGUAUCCCCAUCAGUUGGUAGAUAGAUAAUCUGCUGAUCUAUUCUUUUUGUAACUCAUUUUGUGCACAACUUUUGUAUAUGAAUAAUGACAAUACAUGUAUACACAGUUUAAAUUUAAGUUUUGGUGUAA